AUCAUGAAAUACAAGACCUUACUGGCUUCCCUGACUUCUGUAGGUCUUGCGGACAGCCCCCAUGGCCUCUCUUAGGCUGGCAGAAGAGUCUAGCCCCAGUCCUGGGGAGUCUGAAUUGGCUGUGAAUCCCUUUGAUGGGCUCCCCUUCUCUUCUCGCUACUAUGAGCUGCUUGAGCAGCGCAGAGCCUUGCCCAUCUGGGCUGCUCGUUUCAUCUUCUUGGAGCAUUUGGAGAGUAGCCCCAGUGGAGUGGUGUUGGUGUCUGGAGAUCCUGGCUCUGGCAAAAGCACCCAGAUUCCUCAAUGGUGUGCAGAGUUUGCUCUGGCCAGGGGAUUCCAGAAGGGCCAGGUUACUGUCACUCAGCCCUACCCUCUGGCAGCCCUGAGCUUGGCUUUGCGAGUUGCUGAUGAGAUGGACCUGACCCUGGGUCAUGAGGUUGGAUACAGCAUCCCUCAAGAGGACUGCACAGGGCCCAACACCAUACUCAGGUUCUGCUGGGACAGGCUGCUUCUGCAGGAAUUGGCCUCAACCCGGGGUACUGGAACCUGGAGUGUGCUGGUGCUGGAUGAGGCUCAGGAGCGGUCAGUGGCCUCAGAUUCACUUCAGGGGCUGCUUCGAGAUGCCAGACUGGGAAACCUUCCAGGGGACCCUAGAGUGGUUGUGGUUACUGACUCAGCCCUUGAACCUAAGCUCCAAGCCUUCUGGGACAACCCGCCCAUUGUGCAUGUACCCAGAGAGCAUGGUGGUAGUCCCACCCCUAUCUACAAGGACAAAGUCCCUACCAAUCGGGUGGAAGCUGCCUGCCAAGCUGUGCUUGAUUUGUGUUGGAAGGAGGCUCCAGGAGAUGUGCUGGUGUACCUGCCCAGUGAGGAGGAAAUUUCCUUGUGCUGUGAAUCCCUGUCCAAGGAGGUGGGGACCCUCGCUCUCCCAGGGGCUCCACCACGGGUGCUGCCCCUUCACCCAGGCUGUGGUCAAGCCGUUCAGGCUAUAUAUGAAGACACAGACACAGGUGCCCGGAAGGUUGUGAUCACUCAUUGGCUGGCUGACUUCUCCUUCUCCCUCCCUUCCAUCCGACAUGUCAUUGACUCAGGACUGGAGCUUCGCAGUGUUUACAGUCCUCGGAUCCGAGCAGAAUCCCAAGUGUUGAGACCAAUUAGCAAGUGUCAGGCAAAGGCAAGACAACUGCGGGCACGAGGGUGUCCACCAGGAUCCUGCCUCUGCCUAUAUCCUAAAUCCAUCCUAGAACUAGAGGCUCCACCACUGCCUCACCCCAGAGUAUGUGAAGAGAAUCUGAGCCCUCUGGUGUUAUUACUAAAGAGGAGACAGAUUGCAGAGCCGGGGCAGUGCCACUUUCUGGACCGGCCUGCACCAGAAGCACUGAUGCAGGCCCUGGAAGACUUAGACUAUCUGGCAGCCUUGGAUGAUAAUGGGAACUUGUCAGACCUGGGAGUCAUCCUGUCAGAGAUCCCCCUGCCACCUGAGCUGGCCAAAGCCCUGCUCGCCUCCUGCGAGUUUGACUGUGUGGAUGAGAUGCUCACCCUCGCUGCCAUGCUCACUGCUUCCCCUGGAUUUACUCAACCUCCACUCUGUGCAGAAGAAGCUGCCCUACGUCGGGCCCUGGAACAUGCAGAUGGUGACCAUAGCUCUCUGAUCCAGGUUUAUGAAGCCUUUAUACAAAGUGGAGCAGAUGAGUCUUGGUGCCGGGCUCGGGGUCUAAACUGGGCAGCUUUGUGCUACGCCCGCAAACUUCGGGGAGAGCCUGAACUCAUGCGAAGAAUUGAACUUCCCUUGUCACAACCAGCCUUUGGCUCUGAGCAGAAUCGCAGAAACCUUCAGAAAGCACUGGUGUCAGGAUACUUCCUCAAGGUGGCCCGAGACACAGAUGGGACUGGAAAUUACCUACUCCUAACCCAUAAGCAUGUGGCCCAGCUCUCUUCAUACUGCUGCUACCGAAACCGCCGGGCUCCAGCCAAACCACCAUCAUGGGUGCUAUACCACAGUUUCUCCAUAUCCAAAGACAACUGCCUUUCCAUUGUUUCUGAGAUUCAACCUCAGAUGCUGGUGGAAUUGGCCCCUCCAUAUUUCCUGAGUAACUUGCCCCCCAGUGAGAGCAGAGACCUCCUGAACCAGCUGAGGGAAGGAAUGGCAGACUCAUCAACAGAGAGUGAAUCUUUCUCCCCCCAACAGUUCAGAGAUGCCUGCAUCCUGCAGUGA